CCACGAAGGAUACACCUCAUGCAUCCUCCGAAUUCCUGUUGAAGAAGGUUGCAUUCGAAGUAUCCUACUCGCUUUUCUGAAACGAGACCGCCUCGAAGACGUAUGCGGCCGACAAAUGCGACCUCAGGAGGACGCAGCCUUCCAAACGAGACACAGCCAUUGACUAAAUGUUAGAACCGCUUGCCAUACUGUGAGCUAAACUGAACGCGGUUACGAUGUCCAAAAUACUAUCUAGGACUAGGUAGACAGCUCACUAGGACUUUAGACACAGCCACAGUGUGCUUAAUGGGAGUUCCGAAAUGAAUCGUUUAAACUAAAAAUGCAUUCACAGUAGUUGUUUUGUCGUUUGACCUAUUUAAUGCAGCUCCGGCUAUGUUUAUUUUACAAACCGCACAUCGACCACGAGUUGCAGGCAGUGCAAAACAGGAUAGGGGCUCAGCAAAUGAGAGUCGACUCGGGGUUUGUUGUUGACAGGUCAUAUUUUGUGUUCAUAUUAUAUUAUAUUGUAUUUUCCAGUAAAGAAAAAUGUUGUCAUUCGAAGAAGCUAAAUCGAGGUUAGAAAGUGCAGGACAGAGCCAUGUUUUACAGUUCUGGGCCGAGCUUCCUGAGGAAGAAAGAGAUUCGCUUCUGGAUCAGCUAGAGCCUUAAGAGUUACUCCGGCACUGACGGGCUGCUGCAAGCCGACAUUCGAGUGCUGAUGGUCGGCUUGACGCCCAGAUGGAGCCCAUUCCUCCAUAGUUCAUUUGAAGUGUGCGUAAAAGUGACAAAGAAACACUUCAGAUUCGGGGCGAUGAAGGAUUGUGACAGAUUUCACAAGAUGGGCUGUUCUGCUGUUAACUGGUGGUCAGGGGACUCUACUUGGGGUUUCAUACCCCAAGGAAAUGUACAAUGUUGGGCUUCCAAGUGGGAAAACCCUGUACCAAAUCCAGGCAGAGCGUAUCCAGAAGGUGCAAGAGCUGGCAAAUCUGAAACAUGGCUGUACAUGAUGACCAGUGAGUUCACCCUGGGUCCCACAGAGAAGUUCUUCAAAGACAAUGGCUACUUUGGUCUUAGUCCAACCAACAUGAUCAUGUUUGAGCAGAGGAAGAUACCAGCCGUGGACUUUGGUAGAAAGAUCAUCAUGGAAAAGAAGAACAAAAUUGCUAUGGCACCAGAUGGAAAUGGUGGUCUUUAUCGUGCCCUAGUGGACAACAAGAUUCUAGAGGACAUGGAGGGGAGGGGAGUUGAUUUUCUUCAUGUGUACUGUGUGGACAACAGCUUGGUAAAGAUGGCAGACCCAGUCUUCAUCGGCUUUUGUGUAAACAAAGGUGCAGACUGUGGUGCCAAGGUGGUGGAUAAGGCCUAUCCUGCAGAGCCUGUUGGAGUGGUGUGCGGUGUAGACAGGCUGUAUCAGGUGAUAGAGUACAGCAAGAUCCAACCAGAGACUGUGGAACUGAGAGGCCCAGGAUUAGAGCUCCUGUUCAGCACUGAAAAUAUCUGCAACCACUUCUUUAAUAGAGAAUUCUGAAAAGAAGUGGCGGAAAAGUUUGAAAUUCAGCUGAAGCAGCAUGUGGUAUUAAAGAAAGUGCCAUUUGUGGAUGACGAGGGAAAUCUGGUGAAACCAACCAAGCCCAAUGGCAUCAAGAUGGAGAAAUUUGUCUUUGACGUCUUCCAGUUCUCAAAGUGAAUUUUACUGUCAUGUUUCAUUUUGGAAUUGCGAUAAAUUUGGGUAUUGCUGUGUCCCUCACCAUCUCUUCUUGCUGGUAAUUUGUUGCUUUUGAGGUGUUGAGAGAGGAGGAAUUCUCACCCUUGAAAAAUGCUAAUGGGGCGCCUCUGGACACACCAACCACAGCGUGCUGAUCCUUGUUUGCACAACAUUAUUGCUGGGUUUUGGCAGCUGGUGGAAGCUUCCUGGAUGAGCAAGAUAAACCCAUCACUCCAAAACAUAGGCGGUAAUACAAAAUGCCCUUUAUGAUAUCAGAAAGAAUUAACGAAAUAUACCUCCGUUGCUUAAAUCCGUGUGAACUACAGUUGCCAGCACAAGUGUGAACAUACAGUUCAAGUCAGAAGUUUACAUACACCUUAGCCAAACACAUUUAAACAAUUCCUGACAUUUAAUCGUAGAAAACAUUCCCUGUCUUAGGUCAGUUAGGAUCACUAUUUUAAGAAUGAGAAUUGUUAGAAUAAUAGUAGAGAGAAUGAUUUAUUUCAGCUUUUAUUUGUUUCAUCACAUUCCCAGUUGGUCAGAAGUUUACAUUCACUUUGUUAGUAUUUGGUAACAUUGCCUUUAAAUUGUUUAACUUGGGUCAAACGUUUUGGGUAGCCUUCCACAAGCUUCUCACAAUACGUUGCUGGAAUUUUAGCCCAUUCCUCCAGACAGAACUGGUGUAACCGAGUCAGGUUUGUAGGCCUCCUUGCUCGCACACGCUUAUUCAGUUCUGCCCACAAAUGUUCUAUCAGAUUGAGGUCAGGGCUUUGUGAUGGUCACUCCAAUACCUUGACUUUGUUGUCCUUAAGGCAUUUGCCACAACUUUGGAGGUAUGCUUGGGGUCAUUGUCCAUUUGGAAGACCCAUUUGCGACUGAACUUUAACUUCCUGGCUGAUGUCUUGAGAUUUUGCAUCUAAAUAUCCACAUAAUUUUCCAUCCUCAUGAUGCCAUCUAUUUUGUGAAGUGCACCAGUCCCUCCUGCAGCAAAGCACCCCCACAACAUGAUGCUGCCACCCCCAUGCUUUACGGUUGGGAUGGUGUUCUUUGGCUUGCAAGCCUCACCCUUUUUCCUCCAAGCAUAAUGAUGAUCAUUAUGGCCAAACAGUUCAGUUUUGUUUCAUCAGACCAGAGGACAUUUCUCCAAAAAGAUCUUUGUCCCCAUGUGCACUUGCAAACUGUAGUCUGGCUAUUUUAUGGCAGUUUUGGAGCAUUGGCUUCUUCCUUGCUGAGCAGCCUUUCAGGUUAUGUCGAUAUAGGACUUGUUUUACUGUGAGUAUAGAUUCUUGUCAACCUGUUUCCUCCAGCAUCUUCACAAGGUCCUUUGCUGUUGUUCUGGGAUUGAUUUGCACUGUUCGCACCAAACUACGUUCAUCUCUAGGAGACAGAAUGCGUCUCCUUCCUGAGCGGUAUGAUAGCUGUGUGGUACCAUGGUGUUUAUACUUGCGUACUAUUGUUUGUACAGAUGAACGUGGUACAUUUCAGGCGUUUGGAAAUUGCUCCCAAGGUUGUACCAAUCUUGUGGUGUUCCACAAUUUCUUUUUCUGAGGUCUUGGCUGAUUUCUUUAGAUUUUCCCAUGAUGUCAAGCAAAGAGGCACUGAGUUUGAAGGUAGGCCUUAAAAUACAUCCACAGGUACACCUCCAAUUCAGUACACCUCCUAUCAGAAGCUAAUUGCCUAAAGGCUUGACAUCAUUUUCUGGAAUUGUCCAAGCUGCUUAAAGGCACAGUUGACUUAGUAUAUGUAAACUUCUGACCCACUGGAAUUGUGAUAUAAUCAAUUAAAAGUGAAACAAUCUGCCUGUAAACAAUUGUUGGAAAAAUUACUUGUGUCAUGCACAAAGUAGAUGUCCUAAACGACUUGCCAAAACUAUAGUUUGCUAAUAUGAAAUCUGUGGGGUAGUUAAAUUAGGUUUAAUGACUUCAACCUAAGUGUAUGUAAACUUCUGACUUCAACUGUAUGGAGCAUGAAUGUUGUCAGUGCAGAGUUCAUGUUCUCAGGAGAGAGCUUAUGAGACCGCUGUUUCUCUCUCUCUCUCUCUCUCUCUCUCCCCCUUUUUUUUUUUUUUUUCUAUUGUACACUUUCUGGCACAUUACAUUUUCACCCCUGUGUGUAUAUUACAGGGUCUGUAAAAGCUGCUGCAACAGAAGAACUUUAAGUCCCCCUUUCUUCUUGAUGAGAAUAAAGCCAAGAAUCUUUUGCAAACUACAUAGGAUUCUCAGUUGGAAAUACUAUCAUAUUUAGGCAGAUUUUUCAAUGCAAUGGAAAAUGAAGGGGAUGUUUACAAAUCAGGCAUUACGCCAAUAAAACAUUUGGGCAAAACAGAUUGUUUUGUCAGCAAUGUAUUAUGGUAAAUAUUAAAUAGAGAAUCCUAACUUUCAUUUACAGGGCACAACUAACUUUUUAUAAAAACUCAUGAAUUUUGUAUGAGAUUUUUGUAUCAGUAUGGAAUGCAGAAUAUGCCCAUUAUAGUACACAUGAUUAUAUAUUAAUUUCUAUUAGUUUUGUACUUGCCUUUGAUUUUGUAAUACUUGACAAUAUCAAUAAAAUCAUAAUAGCCCACUUACAGUUCA